UUGUGGCUUCUGCUGCAGCUCGCUCACAUCCAGAAAACAGCAACACACUAACUUCCUUUUUGUCUCUGAGAAGCCAGUUUCCAAGACCUGAGACAGAGCUCUGUUCUGCUGCUGGGAGAGAGGAAAAUACCACCUAUGGGUGAUGGUGAGUCAGCAUCAGACUGUUCGUGUAUUUGGUAGGUGACCUGCUUUCUAUGUAAAGUAGAGCUUUCCUGCUGAGUCAACUAUCCACCGUGCAGCGUUGCUAUGAACGGGAGUCUGCACGGCCCGGCGGACUGUCAGGUGGGCGGUGUCUUCUCGGUAGAGGGGCUGCCGCCACUGCCCAAGGGCCUGAAUGGCAUCCUGAACUCCAGCGGCGGGUCGUGGCGGGACAUCGAGAAGGUCCACAGCAAGAGAGCGCGCAUCCAAGCUGAUAUCAGCCGGGCCGGCGGGGACGCUUCGCACCACGGUCACGGAAAACCGGGUGGAUUGGACGCAGCUCUGGCUCGGCUGCGCAAAGAGAUGGUGGGUCUGCGUCAGCUCGACAUGUCUCUGCUGUGCCAGCUGUGGUCUCUCCAUGAAGCCAUCCAGGAGUACAAGGGCUCCUCGCUUCUGUCUGAGGCUUCGUUCAGUGGUGAUAAUGGAUACUCUGAGGAGGAAGACGAGGAGGAAGAUGAAGCAGAGGAGGACCAGGAGGAGAAAGGAGUUCCCUUACAGCAUUCCUCGUCGUUGCCUCUGCCAGCACCCAGCAGCAACUCCAGGGACCAGUGGAUUAAAGAAUCAUUUCACAUUCCCUGAUAUUUUUUACUUUAUGACGGAAGAUACAGAAACAUGGUCCAUGCAGUUCGCACUGUGAAGACAUCAUGACUGUAUUUCCUCAACAAUCAUGUCUCUUUAUUUUCUCUAUCUUCUAUGCCUUUUUAUCUUGUCUAGAUAUAGAUUAUCCACAUUCUUUUUACUUUUUGAAAAAUGAAUGCUUGUUUGAUAGAAACCUGACUGUGCCUUUUAACCAAAAAUGACUUUAUUUUACAAUCAAUUGAUGUGAUUUGAAAUGUUUUUCUGAGGAGCUUAUAAUAUAAUUAGUAACGUAAGGUAUGUGGCCUAUGCAAAUGCGUCCAUUUGCACUUUAUUGAUUCAGAUUCAGUGCGUCUUUACUGGUGCCACUUGGAUUUGAUUGCAAUCUGACUAGUUCAAGAUGCUUGAAGUGGCCUACAACAGGCCUUGAUAAG